GGACAGUGUGGUGGGUUUCAACUGCAGCAAUGCCUUUACCAAGGCGUAGAUCUUCUAUAUUGGGGCAACAGCCCCCUUUGUCUACUGCAGAGUGUUCUGGGGUUACCAAUCGUAGGGUAAGCGUUGGCAGUGCCAGUAACUUCCCAAGGCCUCCUGGAGUGUAUGUAGGCAGUGUCCCAACUGGAGGUCUCAGUAGUCUUGGCACCAGAGUGUCCAGACGAGCAUUGGGAAUCAGUAGUGUUUUCAUGCAGGGAUUGCGUAGCUGUGGCCCCCCUGUUCCAGUAACCCAAGGAUUGGAGAGAGGAAGAGCUCCCACAUUUGAGUCUCUGAAUGGCUGCCUGGUGGAGUACAUAGAGAAAGUGAGAGCUUUGGAACAGGUCAACCGAGAGCUGGAGGAGCACAUCAGGGUAUACUUGGACAGGAAGUCUUCAACCGUAAGCAGCUGGGGGUCUCUCAGGGAGAACUGGGAGAACAUCUACCAUCAAGUGGGAGAUGCUGUUUUGGAGAAUGCUCGUCUUAUGCUGCAGACAGAGAAUAUUCAAGCAUGUGCUGAAGACUUCAAAGAGAGGUAUGAGAAUGAGCAGCCUUUUAGAAAAGCAGUUGAAGAAGAAAUACGUUCCUUGUAUAAGGUGAUUGAUGAUGCAAAUUUGACUAAAAUGGACCUGGAAAGUCAGAUAGAGAGCAUGAAGGAAGACCUUGCUUUGCUGUCAAAGAACCAUGAGGAGGAUGUGAAAAUGUUGUACAGACAGCUGGCUGGAACUCAGUUGGAAGAAGUGGAUGCUCCUAUUGGUACAGGACUUGAUGACAUUUUGGAGACCAUCAGGAUUCAUUGGGAAAAAGACAUUGAGAAGAACCGUGCUGAAACGGGUGCCCUCCUCCAAACUAAACAGUCAGCAGCCUUGCCAGCUGUGAAGAGCCAAGAAGAAGAAGUUGUGGAGGGUCUGAGAGAAGAAUUUCAUGACACUGCAUGCAAAAUACAGAGUCUUCAAGCAGAAACAGAAUCCCUGAGGACAUUGAAAAGAGGAUUGGAGAAUUCUCUACACGAUGCUAAGCAUUGGCAUGAUAUUGAACUCCAAAACUUGGGUUCAGUGAUCACCAAGCUGGAAGCAGAACUGGAAGAAAUCAAAAGUGAAACAGAACAGAAUCAGAAAGACAGGGAACACUUGCUUGCCAAGAAACUUCAACUUGAGAAGGAAAUAGCAGCAUAUCAUUCUAUCCUGGAUGGAGAGGAAAAUAGAUGAUGUUUUAAGAAGUCAACAGAUUAAGAAGAAUUGAAUUCCACCAAAUGUUUCGCAGGAUGGAUCUACAUUUAGUUGUGUCGUUAUUUUGUGUGCAUUUCAAGCUAAAUAGUUUACGGAGUUAACAAAUUUAAUUUAAUCAUUUUCAAAAGGCAAUGAAAAGAAAAGGAAACUCGACAAGGUACCUUUUCAUAUUUUAAUCCUGCUAUUGAAAACUCUGCUUAAUAAAAAAAGAAAGACUACAACCAAA